CUCUUCCACUUCAGUCAGUCAGAAACACCAGUCUGUCCGCGACCGUUCGUCAAGCCGUCUUCGCCAAAGCAAGUUCGUGGCUUCCGUUCACCUCGUGCUUUCAGCACAUGUCCUUAACACCGGUCAUUUCAUGAUUCACACACAACAGAAAAUUCAUCAAAAAAGACCUCAGCAAAAUCCCUUUUAUCUUUCCCUCGUGCAUUAUACUUGAAAAUUUUUUAAACUGAUUCCGCAAACUUUUAUUGCAAACUCUACAGUUGUAACAAAAAUUUGAAAAAUCAUUGGACAUGAACAGAUAACGUUUGGUGUUGAUCACUUUGUGAAAUAGUGAGAGUGAUUUAAAAAAAAAGAAAAAAUAUGGGGCUCUUUUGGCUUCUAUUGGGGCUAAUUGCCUUUUUCGGUAGUUCUUCAUAUUGGAAAAUUACGGCCUUUAAUGUUGAGACUAAACAUUAUACUCUUUACAAAUCGUAUCGUCAGUCAAUGUUCGGAUUUUCUGUCGCUGAAUAUCGUGAUUCUGUAGGGCGAGGAUCAGUGAUUGUUGGCGCACCAGCAGGGGAAACCAAUCAAAAGGAUAUAGUUCGUGGAGGUUCGGUUUUCAAAUGUGACAUAAAUCAAGACAACAAUUGCCAUGUUGUUCGAUUUGACACAAGAAAUGGAAAUAGUGUUACAAAUACAAGUCAUGGUUUGGUACAAGUUGAUAACAAAUCCGGCCAAUGGUUCGGAGCUACAGUUUCAUCUUCCAAGGUGGACGGAGGACCCCUACUUGCAUGUGCACCAAGAUAUUUGUGGUUUGGUAAGCAAGUGUCGAAAGGACAUUCAGGCGCGGACAAAAGAGAGCCAGUUGGCACUUGUUGGUUGACAAAUUUUGUUAGCCAACCACUGGAAUUUUCUCCUUGUCGAACAGGAAAACAGGGCUACAAUCUGCAGGGUUCAUGUCAAGCAGGACUGGGAGCCUCCGUAUCCAAGGAUGGCAAAAGGCUUUUCAUUGGAGCUCCAGGAAGUUGGUACUGGCAAGGUCAGCUGUACUCGAUGGACAGUCAAACCAAGUUCGAAUUUUGCCCUGACGAUACCCGAUUAGGUGCUUUUCAAGGGCAAUUGUAUUCAUAUAAUGGAUUGGACAAUCGCACAAAAGUUUUAAUGACGAAAGAAGGAAGCCCACAAGACGAUGACAGCUAUAUGGGAUAUUCAGUAACUUCCGGAGAUUAUCAAGGAAAUGGAAAAAGUGAUGUUGCUGUUGGAAUUCCACGUGGGAACAAUUUAAUGGGACAAGUAGCUUUAUUUGAUUCGCAAAUGAAAAACUACAGAAAUAUCACUGGUGAACAAAUGGGAGGAUAUUUUGGCUACGCUCUGGCUUCCGGCGAUAUUAAUGGAGAUGGAUUCGAUGAUCUGAUAAUUAGUGCACCAAUGUUUACAUUACCUGGCAAUUUAGAAGUCAUCGAGACGGGAAGAGUUUAUAUUGCUUAUCGAGCUGUUAAACCGAACGCCAUAUUCGACAAGAAAGAUUUUCGGGACGGAGAAUUCAAUAGGGGUCGAUUUGGUCUCUCCUUAGCCUUCCUGGGUGACACUGACCAUGAUGGUUACGGAGAUAUUGCCAUCGGUGCACCAUAUGCUGGCCCAGAGGGUCGAGGAGCAGUUUACAUUUAUCGUGGUUCAAAGGAAGGCCUUCAAGAGAAAUACUCCCAAGUGAUUUUCGCAACGGAACUUGAAGAAUCACUCGCAACUUUUGGCUUUUCAAUUGCCGGCGGCCAGGAUCUGGAUCAAAAUACUUAUCCCGAUCUGGUAGUAGGAGCGUACGAUUCAGAUGCCGCGAUAUUUUUCAGAUCCCGACCUGUAAUUCGAGCAGACUGUAAAGUUGAAUACUUUUUCGAGCGUCACUCCAAAUUAUCGGGAAUAAAUCUCGACAAUAAGGACUGUGCAAUUAGAAGAGGCAGCGAAAGAGUGUCGUGUCUCUUUUUAAAGGUCUUCCUGAAGUACGAUGCCGAUUAUGCCCAUCAGACUUUUGAUAUUGAACUGAUUCUUGAUCCAGUCAAGACGAAAAAUCCAAGAAUGUUCUUUAUUGAGCAGGAGGGAAGGAACGUGAUGACUAUCAAGAAUGUCACUCUCGAACGCAAAGUACAGUGGACUAGAAUUUUCCGGGUUUACGUAACUCCUCACAUAAGGGACAAAUUAACAGGCAUUGAUGCCGAGGCUCGUUUGACUCUCUCCGAAAAUCGAGAACCAGAUCUACGACGUCGUAGUCCCGACAUGCCAUUGCGUCCAGUCUUGGCAGAAACAACUUCCUUGAAAGACUCAAUUUACAUUAGGAAAAAUUGUGGCGAAGACAACAUUUGUAUUCCCGAUCUUCAAUUGUCGACAAGUGCAAGUGUUGAGAAAUAUCUCUUGGGCUCUGGUCAAGACUUCCACAUAACAGUCACUGUCAAGAAUUUAGGCGAAGAUGCAUACGAAGCAAUGUUCUACCUUCAACUCCCACCACACGUGCAGUACAUCAAUUUUGAGCAAUUUAACAACACCGGCGUUCUCGUUCAAUGUUUAGCUCCAAAUCAAAACAAUGUUCUACGUUGUGACAUCGGUAAUCCAAUGCCUAGGGGUAAAAUGGUAAAAUUCAAAACAAUUCUCGAACCAAUUGUCGCCGAGAAUAUGAAUGCGACAUUCGACUUUAAAAUGGAAGUGAAUACGACAAAUUCGGAAAAUUCUGGUACAAUGCGCGAUAAUUAUGAGGCAAUUAAAAUACCCGUUUGGGUUGAUCUUGAACUUGUCGUCGAGGGUGAAAGUCGACCGAAGGAGUUGUUCUACAAUCCGGAAAAUUACACUUCGGAGAAUAUUACCACGGACAUUGAAUUUGGACCGGCGAUUGUUCACAAUUACACGGUGAGAAAUAAUGGACCUUCGAAUUUCUUGAGUGCUGACGUAUUUGUCACAUGGCCGGGUAAAACACUAGGCGGUGAUGAUCUGCUUUAUCUGAUGGAAGAGCCGCAAGGAACGAUUAAGUGCGUCAAUGCGGAUUACAAUUAUCAUCAUCUCAAGUACACGGACGCGACUAGAACUCGUUAUUCUUCCCUGUAUGGUACUUCGGGAUAUCAUCAUCAACAUUAUCAGGAAGAUUUUCAUUCCGGUGGUAUUGCCGUUCAGAAAGGUUACGAUUCUUCGGACGAUAGACGAAGAAUUGAGGUCAAUACCGGCGAUAGUUCGGAAUUCAAUCAAAUAAGACACUCUGCAAAUCGUAAUGAUAAUUCACAAGGAUUUGGACUUCCGCUCGGUAGCGACGAAGAGAAGAAAAUAUUUGUCACUUCCGAGAGUUCGAGAAAUUUCGAUAUUAAUUCUGCGGGUUUUGGAGGUGGUUAUCAUUCGACUUUACGAGAGAACAAUAAUGAUUCGAAACAAUUUCGGGAUUAUUCCUACGGACAGAGGAAGAUGAGUACGAGUUCCACGGGUAGUUCGAGUUUUGAUAUGUUGAAACAACAGGAGAUUGAGAAACAAAGGGCGGAAUUGGAGGAGGAGAAGAGAAAGUUGUAUGAAGAGAAGAGGAGAUUCGAUGAAUUGAAGAGGAUCAAUGAGAAGAAAUUAGCGGAGGAGGAGAGGAUAAGACAGCAGGAGAGGGACGAUGAGGAGGACUAUGAUUACAAUUCAAAGGGAAGUUCGGGAACGGUUUAUGGAACGGAGCGUCAUUUUGGUGAGGAUAGAGAGGAAGUUCGACAAAAGGGAUAUGGAGUUAUAACAAAUUCUCGAUACGAUGACGAAAUAAGUGGCGAUCGGGAGGAAGUGAUUGGAACUUCGGAUAUUAAUUUACGAAUGCGGAAUAUUAGCUCCACACAGGAUCUUGAGCAGUUCUUCUCUGAUAUAUCGAGAGGCACUUACAAGGUGUCAGCGUACAGAAGACAUGGGAAGAAUUUCAUUAACUUUAGAGGGAGAAUGGGCACAACGAAAAGUGGGCAAAAGUGUAUGGUAUUCCAGGACGGUACUCAAUUCCCUCUCGAGGAUAAUUUCGGACAGAGAAUAUUGUCCGAUCCUGGCAGUCCAGUGAGUCACAGAUUCGGUCCCGUCGAGGGUGAACUUAUCGCCGGACCUGGAAAUAAAGCUUACAUUCAAUUGAGCAAUGGCAAUAGAUUCGCUCUCGAAGGAUUUUCCACUUACUCCAGUAUUAGGACCUAUAGUUACACUAGCUCCCCACAGGAAACUCAUUCCUCGUUCGACAGCAAUCCUUAUCAAAACGGACAAGUUUACGGACACUCCGGACACUCGUCAGGCAGCUCUUGGCGAACAGAGUCCUCGACUUCCAACAGAGACGUCGGCGAAGAAUUUCAAAUGCACAGUUCUCAGAGUCACGAGGAAAGGCGCACCAAUGAGAAGAGAAUUCAAUCCAAGGUUUACACGAGGAAUAGUGAAACUCCCGCUAGAGAUAGUUGGAUGAAUCCUCAUUACGAAUCACAUGAGCGAAACGUUAGACAUAGACGUGAAGCAGAACAAGGUUUGCCGACGACGACGACGACGAGCGAAUUGGAUCCAGUGACUCAUGAUAUUACCAAAAAUCCCUGCAAGCGAGCCAGUUGUUUCCAAAUAAAGUGUGAAUUGGGACCUUUGAAGAAAGGAGAGGAGGCUCAUUUGAGUUUGAAGUUCAGAAUCAAAGCGGCUACUUUGAAGAAAGUUGCGUACAGGGAGCCUAUUCAGGUUUCAACUCAAGUAUUGACGAGAAUAACGAGAUUCGCUGCUCUUAAUAAUGUUGCCGAGCAAAAUGUUAAGAGUCAGGAAGUAUUUACGAAUGUUGAACCUACAGCACCUCCUCCAGUAGCAGACGUUGUGCCACUUUGGGUUGUUGUUUUGUCUGCCUGCGCUGGUGUCGUCAUUUUAUUGCUGUUAAUAUAUUUACUUCAUAAGUGCGGAUUCUUCAAGAGAAAUAGACCCACAGACGCCCCAGAAAGACAACCACUAAAUCGAAAUGGCCAUUUCCAUGGGGAUGAUCACUAAGCUCUUUGAUUUAGAAAACCGAAACAGUGCCUUUAAAUGUUACUCAUAACGAAGAGUAAUUAAUUGGCACUUUUUACACAAUUACUAAAUCAUUUGCUCUUUGUAACAAGCACAAAAAUUAUCAUUCUAUACCUUCUUAUUUUUUCCAUUAUUUCAAAAACAGUUUGAGAAUAAUUUGCGAAAAUGUGAAUGUGAAGGUAUUGUUGCCAAAUAGAAAUUUAAUUGGCAAUCAAUUUGUUUUCCAAUAAUAUUGUUAAUAUAUAUUUACACAUAUAUAAUUAACAACAAAAAAAGAACUUUUUAAAAUUGUGUAACACCUGCAAGAAAAACGUUUCUACUUUUCUGUACAGUUCAGUAUUUUCUGUUACCGACAGAGCGGACAAGUAACUCCAUCUAGCGGAAUCUCGCAAAAGUUAUAUAGUCUUGGUUUGAUGAAAAUCUUUCAGUUUCAGUUAACAAUGUGACAGCCACCGGUUGCGUAUGUGUUUUUUUAAUUGCGUUUUUAUUAUUAUCUAAUUAAAGUUUUAAAGUUUCUAAUCGAAUUAAAUUAUUAAUCGAGAUUAAUGAAGUGAAUCGAGUAAGUGAUAAUGAGUGCCAUAUAAACAUGAAAUAUUCUAAAUUGAAAAUUCACAGUCGGACUACAUAACCUCUAAAUCUUAAUCGCAACAAAUCUACAAAGAAAACAAAGGUAAUUUCAAUUGUUUUUUGAAUAGAACAAAAAUAUUGUUAUUUCAAACAGGUGUUACACAAAGUACCACGUGUAUCUCGUAUGAAAGAAGCAAUUUUUUUCAAACUGUUUGGAAAACAUCUUCUUUCUCCACUAGUUACACAAUGUUAAUCGUUAAUUCCCAUUUCUUUAAACAAAAAUUUGCUAAACUGCCAAUGAAUACUCUUCUCGAUUCCUGCAGCUUGAUUUUACAAGUUUCUAGUCAGAAACAGUUUUUUAACUUACUUAUUUUUAAGUCCUCUGAAUCUUUGUCGAGACGAUGACAAGUCCUUAUCGACGUUGUUAUGUAAAUAUAUUUUUGUACUGUCAGUUGCAGGAAUGCGUGACGUUAUAUCAGAUGAAAUUGACAAUGAGGUGGAAAUCUAUUAUAAUGUAGUAGUGAUAUAUUUAAGAGAUUAAUAUAAAGAAAAACACCACACACAAAAUAAGUGUUGUUUUUUCUUUAAUCGAACAAGUGAUGUCAACAUAUUUUUUAUGGCAUUUACUAAUCUUUAAUUUAAAGACGAUGAUGAUGAUAAUAAUAAUAGUGACAGAAAGUUUUUUAAAAAUGUA